AUGGCCCUCCGUACGGGAACUGGCCUAUUGGCCUUGUCAUUCGCUUUCCUCGCUAUCUUCUGCAAUAUUUCAACUGUUUUGGCACAGAGCUGUAGUGCUUCAAAUCCCUGUGCAACAGGAUGCUGCUCAAAAUACGGGUACUGUGGAACUGGAGAAGAUCACUGCGGAGCAGACUGCAUCGCAAACUGUGAUUAUGAGGCCACGACAGAAUGCAGUGCAACAAAGCCGUGCGCUGAGGGAUGCUGCUCCAAAUUUGGAGUCUGUGGAUACGGUCCUGACUAUUGCGGUAAAGAAAACUGCGUCGCUAAUUGCGAACGUACAUCUGAAUGUGACCCUGGGAACUGGGGACUGGAGUACUCGAGUUCUUCCACCUGCCCAUUGAACGUCUGCUGCAGCAAGUACGGAUUCUGUGGAACGACCGAGGAGUUCUGUGGUGACAAAAAGGUCAAACGUCCUUCUUGUGUACCUUCACAAAGGCUGCGGCGCGUCGUUGGUUAUUAUGAAGGCUGGGCAACCACAAGGCCUUGUAAAGCAUUCUGGCCAGAGCAGAUACCCAAGGGAGUCUAUACUCAUCUAAACUACGCCUUUGCAACUAUUGAUCCGAUUACAUUCGAGGUCCUUCCACCCACGGCGUUGGAAGCUAAACUUAUGACUAGACUAACUUCACUUAAAGACCAUGACCCUGGCCUACGAGUGAAUAUAGCCAUCGGCGGUUGGAGCUUCAAUGACCCAGGUACUACGGCUUCGGUUUUCACACAACUCGCUGCUUCCGAAGACAACCAGAUGAAGUUUUUCCGGUCAUUAGCUUCUUUCAUGGCCACUUACAACUUUGACGGCGUGGACAUUGACUGGGAAUACCCCGUGGAUAGCGACCGCAGUGGACGAAAAGAGGACUUCCAGAACUUUCCUAAAUUCAUGUUAAACCUGAAAAAUGCGCUGAAAGGCACUGGUGGCCGUGACGAGUUAAGUCUAACACUUCCCACGUCCUAUUGGUACUUGAGGAAUUUCGAUAUCAAGGCACUUGCCAAAAGCGUCGACUACUUCAAUUAUAUGUCAUAUGAUCUUCAUGGCACAUGGGAUAAAGGAAACAAGUGGACUGGCGAGUACUUGGAUGCACAUACCAACCUCACCGAGAUCACAGAUAGCUUGGACCUUCUGUGGAGAAAUGAUAUAUCUCCGGACAAAGUAGUUAUGGGUGUCGCCUUCUACUCACGAGCGUUCACUGUGGAGGAUACCAAGUGCAUGGACCCGGGAUGCCGUUUCGUGUCUGUAUCAGAUCCUGGGGAUUGUAGCCGACAGACUGGCAUACUCAUGAACAGCGAACUUGAUGAUAUCCGAGCCAAUAAAAGUCUUACACCGUCGUUGGACAAAGAGGCUGCCGUGCAGAUCCUCAAGUGGGGUAAUCAAUGGGCCUCUUACGAUGAUAAAACGACGUUCAAGCUGCGCAUUGACUUUGCGAAGAAAACAUGCCUAGGUGGUAUUAUGGUGUGGGCUGUGAGCCACGAUACCUACGACGGCGCUUACUCGAGCGCUCUGGCAAGUAUAUCCCCUCAGAUCAAACCCAUUAAGAAGCUUCAAGUCUCGCCUAAUGGUUUGACUGUCACGCGAGACGAGAGGAUCAGACAGUGCAAAUGGACCUCAUGCGGCCAAACCUGCCCAAGUGAUUACGUUGCCAUCUCGCGAUCAGACCCGAAAUAUCGAAAGGGCGAGCUGAUGCUGGAUUCGAUCCGCUGCCCCAAGGGAGCCAGUCACACUUUGUGCUGUCCAAAGGAGGACGUCCCCAAGUGCGGAUGGUAUACCCACAACAAUGGAAAUUGUAGCCCGGACUGUCCAUCAGGCUAUUUCGAGAUCGGUUCAAUUUCCUCCAACGGACUGUGUCAUCACGACUACGAGGCAGCUUGUUGUGAAUCGAACAAGGAUUCAACAGGCCUCUACAAUACACUACAAUGGUCCGAGGCCCCAAUGUGUGACUGGGGUGAGUGCCCGGUAGUAGACGACAAGAAAUCAACCACCCUCGCUCUCGCAACCGCAGGAAGCGGAGACGCUGACAAAAAGACAUGGGACAAUUGUGACUGGUAUGAUUCAGUUGAUAGUCCACCAAAAGGAAAACCAGACGAUUACUGUGUGGAUUCAUGUCCCUCGGACAUGGUGCGACUGGCGACAUACAGAUAUGAUGAAAACUGCGCAGGCGGUGUUCGUGCCUUCUGUUGCACCGACAAUUAUUAUACUUCGAAAAGCCAAACCAACCCCGAGAUGGCCGACUUCCGGAGCUCGUUGAAUAAUUACCUGGAAGAUGGUACCUGCUCCAUGGGUGAGAGUGCCAGUCUCAGUCGCAGAGAUGUCUUCGGGCGAGACACAGACAAGUACGAGGACCUGCAGUUUCUGAUUCCGCUCCUUUACACGUUGCUAGUGAAGAAUGAUACCGACCUCAAUGCCAAGGAGAAGUUAGAGGCUGGCUAUUGGGAUGACUGGGCGAAGAGUAACUCUUUGACUGGACUUGUUCUUAGUACGCUGAGAUCGUUCGUCCGGCAAACAAGGUUGUGGUAUGAAAUGGGAGGCAAGUAUGUCGCACAGAACAUUUUGUGCCGUCCUACUACUUGGAAUGACAUGGCACAACAAAAGUCAAUUCCAGUAUGUCAGGGCGAUCCUUGUGAUGAGGGUGCCGAUCCCGAUCUAUGCAGGACUGCCGAACUAGACGGCGAGACGGAUUAUGAUGACGACGAUGAUGAUGGUAGCAGUAGCAGCGAUGAGGACGACGGGACUUUGGAUAAGCGAAUGCUUUCUGCUCCGUCACACGGCACUUUAGAAAAGCGUGCGGCCCCGAAAACAUACAAAGUGUGGUGCGCCGGAACCGGAGACUGGGUAGACGGUUUGAAGAUCAAACCUGUCUAUUACCCCAGCGCUGGCAGAUGGCAGCCAACAGACGUCCAAUACAAGGAAGCUCGAACAUAUCAAAGUCGUACCGAUUGCGCAAACCCCUUGGUUGACCCAAUGGAGAAGGACGCGAAUAACUAUGACACUGAACACGUGCUGGAGCUCCAGAUGGUCCCGAUGUUUUUCCGGUUUGCCACUACUGGAGAACUGACCUCAGGCCGUACGGCAUCCUUUCAGCCCAUAGAUUGCACAUUUUUCCUUCCAACAUCUCAAGGUGGUAUUGACUUCUUGCAUCAGUCGGUGAUGCCUAAAGCGGAAAUCUAUCCUGGCGACCCCUACGAGGACAGACGGGCCAAGUCACCUGAAUUCAGAAUUAUGGCCGCACUCGGAACGUCAAAGAACAAGGAGAACUUCUAUCUCCUUGAAAAAGCUGUGAAUGGUAUGAAGGCACGGGUAAGUACAAGAUAA